AUGAAAACAUCACUCCAGCUACAGCUUUCUUUCAUCACUAUUCUAGUGGUGUUUUUGAUCAGUUGUAAUUAUAUUUCUGGCCAAUGUUUGGAGGACCAAAACGCCUUGCUGAUUAAAUUCAAGAAUGGCCUCAAAUUCGAGACUUCUUGGUCAAAAAAAUUAGUCAGGUGGGAUCAAAACAUAGACUGCUGCUUGUGGCCAGGUGUAAGUUGUGAUGAGGAAGGUCAUGUACUUGCUCUGGAGUUGGACGACGAAGCUAUUCAUGGUGGAAUUGAGAACUCAAGCAGUCUCUUCCAUCUUCUAUAUCUUGAGAAGCUCAAUCUGGCUUAUAAUGGCCUAUACUCUGUUCCAAUACCAACAGAAAUAUAUAAGCUCGCCAACUUGACGUACCUGAAUUUGUCAAGGGCUAGUUUUGAUGGGCAGAUUCCAAUGGAAUUGUCAAGAUUGACAAAGUUAGAGAUUCUUGACCUUUCUGGAGGGAAUUUAAAGCUUGAGAGGCCAGAUCUGAAAACACUGAUUGGAAAAUUAGCAAAUCUUAGAGAACUUUACCUUGAUAGGGUGAGUAUUGCAUUGAAGGGGAGUGAGUGGUGCUCAGCGUUAUCUUCAUCUCUGCCUCAAUUGAGAGUGUUGUCAAUGAUAGACUGUAAAAUUUCAGGCCCUCUUGAUCCUGUCCUUCUAAAUCUUCGUUUCCUUUCGGUCAUUCGUCUUGAUUAUAACAACUUGUCCACUAUGGUUCCAGAUUUUCUGGCAGAUUUUACAAAAUUGACAACCCUAAGUGUCAAAUGGUGCUACUUGUUUGGUCCAUUUCCCAGUAAAAUCUUUCAGGUACCAACUCUACAGCAACUUGAUUUAUCUGACAAUGAAAACCUUAAUGGCACUUUACCUGAAUUUCCACAUAAAAGUUCAUUAAGGGAGGUAGUGCUUAACCACACAGGAUUCACCGGUUUGCUUCCGGAUUCAAUUGCUAACCUUCGGGAUUUGACCCAGCUUGAUUUAGGAGCUUGCAAUUUCAGUGGAGAUAUUCCAUCAAAAAUGGGAAAUCUCACAGACCUAGUUCAUCUAGACUUGUCAUUCAACAGUUUUACUGGCUCGAUCCCACUCUUUCAUAAGGCAAAGAAGCUCAAUCACAUUGACCUUUCUAAUAACAAGGGUCCACUUUCUUCUGCUCAAACUCAAUUAGCAGUUCUCCUUUCCCUCCCAAAGUUGCAGUUCCUUAGUGUUCAGAACAGUCAUUUAAGUGGAAAAAUCCAUGAAUUUUCCAAUGCAUCCUCCUCUGUUCUGGAAACACUUGAUUUGAGCAACAACCAUCUUAUUGGAUCGAUCCCCCAGUCUAUCUUUAAACUCAAUAGGCUUUCAAAACUCUUCCUUUAUUCCAACUCCUUUAGUGGGACUAUUAAUAUCGAACCAGUAAAGGGACUUACUUGGCUAACAACCCUUGACCUUUCAGACAACAAAAUUGAAGGGGAAAUACCAUGUUGGGUUUGGACAGUUGGAAAUCUGAAUCUUUCUCACAAUCUCCUAGAGUCUCUAGAAAAACCUUACCAUAUAUCUAAUACUUCUAUUGUCAUUGACUUGAGUUCCAACAGGAUCAAGGGCAAUCCACCGUUUCUACCAGAUCGGUUUGCAAACUGGAAAAGUAGUAUUACUUUCUUUUCAAUUGCCAAUAAUGAAUUUACGGGAUCAAUACCCUCUUCCAUAUGCAGUCUAUAUGAACUUCAAUCCCUUGAUAUGUCAAAUAACUUCUUAAAUGGAAAAAUACCUCCCUGUUUAAUCCAAAUGCUGGCUACGAGUCUCGAAGUGUUGAAUAUAGGGAGAAACAAACUAAGUGGCAUUAUUCCUGAUACAUUUCCACUGAAUUGCAAUUUGAGAACUUUAGACCUCUUCAUAAGAUCAAACAAGUUCUACGGGAAUCUCCAGUGUCCUAGAGCUGAUCAAACCUGGCCAAUGAUUCAAAUUAUAGAUAUUGCUUCCAACAAUUUUCAAGAGGAGAUACCUGAGGCAAUGGGAGAUCUCAAAUCACUUCACCUUCUUAACUUCUCACACAAUGCUUUGACUGGAAGAAUACCAAAUGCCCUUGGAAAGCUGACUCAACUUGAAUCCUUAGAUUUCUCAGUUAAUCAGUUAUAUGGGAGGAUUCCAGACGAGCUUGCAAGUCUCACAUUCCUUACUUUCUUGAACCUGUCCUUUAAUCAACUUUCUGGUAGGAUUCCGAGAGUCAAACAAUUUCAGACGUUCUCAGAAGAUUCCUUUAAAGGGAACACAGGGUUGUGCGAUUUUCCUUUAAAGAAAACGUGCAGUGAUACCAAAGAGCCUGAAGGUGAAAUUGAUGGGAAAUAUAUAAGUUUUGCCUUGGGAUCUUCUGUGGGUUUUAGCAUCAUAAUCUGGCUGAUUUUGCAUAGUCAAAGAUACAAUGAGCUCAUUCAUAGACUUCUUUUCAGAAUUUUGGGUUAG